GCACAUUUUGAGCGCGCUACUCCACACGACAGGUGUAGAAUGCCUAUGCUGCGGUUUCGAAUUUCGCGCGAAACGUGUCUCCCCACUGAGAGCGUUUCCAUAGCAACAAGAGCGCUAUACUUGAAGUGAUUUUGAAAACCACUUUCGUGUGAUCAAGUGAGAACGCUAGCAAAGCGAUCUUCCAAACUGGCUUUCUGAACCGGUUCCCAGUAAACUAGUUUUAGGAACGUAGUGAGAACAGCCUCAUAGAGAUGAUAGUUGUUGUGUACCGCGCGUACCGUAGAUGUGUUGUGUGUGUACGUGCACGUAUGGAAAGCAGAAAUGGGGUGCACGGUAACUAUGAUGGACAGAAAGCCAGCAUCUCAAGCAGAAAUACGUUCUUUUAAACGCCAAAUUUCUCUUAGUGAUCUAGAAAGGUUCCUGAGAACUAAAAUUGACAGGGGUUUGAUCUCGAAUUCUGAUCUACAGACGAAAAGACAAAUUGAAACUGCCAGCAAUGCACCGAGGCCGAGUGAUCAUCUGCAAGUGUAUGGGCGGAUUUGCACAACAAGAGGCGCCGACGCUCCCCCGGUGAAUCUCUCUGAUGUUCCUGGUCGCAAGACAGUAUUCUUAUUUGGCCCUGAUACAGUUCAUGGUGCAUUGGUUGAACAUAUUCAUGAUCCCUAUGCAAUGCUUCUUAAGCUGGGAUUUCUUCCAGAGUACAUACAUAUGAAGCUAUUUAAACAAAAGGCAUGCUACUGGCUAGUCAUACUGACUCCAACCCAAGAAUCUUUCAAGUCUACCUCAUCCAGUCAUGGGAAUCUGAUAUCAAUUCCAACCGUUCCUGCAACAUGGGAAGGUCUUCUGUCAUUCAUCCGUGCUUGCUACCCCGAGGCAUUGCCUGCCGUCCAAGCCCACUGGGACAUCAUCACCACCAAAUCGGUUGAGUAUUUCGAAGAGAAGUCUGACGUCCGUUUCAUCGAUGCCAUCGCAGAUCACCAGGCACCGGCCUUCAUGAGCUAUCAGAAGUUCAAAGAGCUUCCCCAGCCUCAGCAGGACUGGGAGACAAGACUGUUCCUCUACUGUGAGAUACGGAUCUUAGAACUCUUCUCGGGUGACGGACAUACGUUGACCGAAGCAGGGGCGAAGGGGGAGAAAGAAUACUUGGCUCCAAACUACCACUUUGAGACCGAUCUUGGACCAGAGAACUACAUUGUUAUUCCACUCAGGGUUGAUAUUCCGCAGGAGAUCAAGGAUAAAUAUGAUGAUAGAUGAACAAACUCAUUUACUAGGCAAGUGGAUGUUUUUUUUUGUUGAAUUCUUUACUGGUAUGCAUUUACUGGUAUGCAUUGGUUAUUUUAUUACUGGGUGGUUAAUGGUUAUGUAUUCUUGACGAAAGCCAACGAUUUGUGUUUUUCGUAAUACAUGCAUGCAAGAUGUGCUUUAAUUGCGACAUCACUCCCAUCAGUUAAUCUUGCGAGAUUAGUCAGCAACAUGUGCUCAGCAUCAUGCAUUUAGUAAUGUGUGAUAUUAAGCGGUCAAACACAUACUUACUUUUCCAGAUUCUGGCCCAUGUAAUUACUGACUUAGUGCUCAAUUGGUUAAUAUUGGACCAUCUGAUCCCUUCAGGGAUUGUUUCCCUGGGGCCCGUUUCUCAACACCGUCAUAAGUCUAACUUCUUGACUAAAUCGGAGAUAGUGAGCUACUUGUCCGCUAACCGUUUCACGAAGCCCUCUUUACCAAGAUCGGGUACAACAACCUCACUAAAUAUUUAUGACACCUCCGAACCUGUCAUAACUUCUUUCUUAAUGACGUAGUGGCAUCAUGUGGAUAGACUAUGACAUGCAAAAGUGCCUAGAAAUUUUAAAAUCAUAAUAUCUUACGUAAUCAAUCAUAGAGGUUGAAAUUACAUCACAAAACAAGUGGGUUAAUGCAUUCAAUGAUAAUUGUAAUACAAAGAAACUGUAAAACUGUUGGUAAAACGCCACAAAACCAUUCAUUUUGAAAUAGUAAAAUGAUUUAAUUGAUAAAGAUUGUACCACGUCAGGCCAUCCAUAACUGAACUCGUAUUUGUUGUUUUCAGACCCCUAUUAACAGUUGAAUAAAUUCUAUCUCUAAUUUAUGCAUAUAAUUUGUCAAAUAUCGUAUGUUUCGGUAACAAUGAUUAAAAACGUUUAGUUAAACUGUAUUUUGAUGACGUUUGGAAUUGUAAAAAACCGUAUAAUUAUCAUCAUUUUACAAAGAAAACCGUAAUGGUUUACUUUCGUAAACUAUUAAAAUUGGAUAUCCCGGGUAUACCCAUCUCAACAUCCACAAGUGAUUUUUUAGUCAUGCAAUGAAUUAUUCAUAAUUUAAUUUUCUCUGCAAUUGAAUGCUCCAGUCGUCAUGGUCUAAGUAUGUAUGAUACUUAAUUCACCUGUGUUAUUAAUUUGAAAAGAUUCAUUUCCCAAUUCAUCACAAUAUUUGCAAUUUUGUCAUAAUUUUUCUUUUUGAAAAUUAUGCUGUUUUGUGACUAAGGCUAUGCCUCGUCUGCUCUUUUUACCGAUAGUAUCGAUAUCAAGGUAUUCUAGUUAGGAAGCCUUUCGAGAAACAGGUUUAGUAAGAUUGGAACUAACUCCGUGGUUGGUGGAUUAAGAUAUGACUAACUUGUCCAUGUGUUGAGAAACGGGCCCCUGUUUGUCAUUGAGACUACCUGAAAAUUGACUGAUUUGUCAAGUGAAAAACUGCAGAGUUUCAACCGUUUUCUUAUUGAUUGAUUGGAUUGCGAGUAAACGUGUAAGGGGAAUGUUAAUGUUGGCAGCUCUGUCCCUGUGCAAAAUUUUGGAUUUCAGGACUCGGUAGUCAACAGGUAAACUCAUUGCCUACUUUGAAUCAUAGCAUUCAAUACGCAACAAUACGAAGGUCACUGAAAAACACAUCUUGAUUCCACUCAAGCGCAAUUACAUGACCAGAGCCAAAUAAUGAUGAUAAAAUUUGUAACAUUUCUUGAACUAGAGGCGUUGUGGGCGUGGCACACACUUACUGCUUUCACUCAUCUGGGUGUGAUUACAUCUACCUGAUCAGGAAAAAUACCAAGAUUGUUUUUCUUAAAGCUGUUUAUUUCAAUUUCAUAAUAAUAAUCUACUUACCAAAUUUUGGGGGCCUACCACCUUUCUCAGGGCUUCAUAUGUAGCAACUUAAAUUUGGUGAAUCAAUUAUGAUUGGCAAAAAUGCAUUGACUUAUUGACUUUUGUUAUUAUUAUUUAUUGUUUUUAUGCUCAUAUGUGGACUGUGUGUGUGUAUAAAGCAUGGACCUAUUACGAAUAGGUCCAUGGUAUAAAGUAAAUACUUAUAUUUGUAUGAUAAUGUGGUAUUGGACAAAACCUACAUGUACACGUACAUGUAUGUACUACUAUAAGUAGCUGGGUUUUCCUGUUUCACCCAAGGGAAGAUGUAUACACCUGUUGUAUUAUAUUAACAUAACUUACAACUUAAAACAAUUUGGUUUUUGGAAAUGCUUCCCAGAGAUAUCUUAUGUAUGUUUCAUGGUGGCAUAGCUUAUUACUAUAUUAUCUAUAGUGACCAUGAAAUUCUACUUGUCUUUCAAAAAAUCUGCCAUUUUACUUGUGUAAACAAAGUAUGUUACUUGAAAUGUUGCAUUAGCAAAGAUAGAUGUUUUCCCAACUGUUGAUAAUUUCAUCACCAUUUCAUUUAUGUAGAAUGUAUGCUUGAAAUCUCAUAUUGAAAUAGUAUAGCAGAUACUACGUAAAAGAUACGCUAAAGCACUUUUUCAAAUCAAGGACCCAGCACAUGGUUGAGUUUUCAACAACUCAGAUAUGAAAAUAGUACUUUAUCAGCAUGCACUGGAUGUAGGGGAAAAAAAAAGCGAAUCUGUGUUUUGUUAUGCUGAUUCCAACCCUUGUUAGGUUUAUCAGUGACACUCUUUGAUAUCAUUCAAGGGAAAAUUCAUUUUUUUUAAAGAAAUUGUUAGGCAAUUCAUUAAUGAAUUGUGCAGUCAUUUAUUAUUUAAGUAAUAAUCAUACAGAUGUUUGUGUAUAAUAUUUUAUGAACGUCACAAAAAUACCUAUGUUUAUUUCAUUUUUUAGAAAGCAAUAUAUCUAGUUGUCUAUUUAGUAGGUCAUGAAAUGUUUCCUUUCUGAAAUUGUUGUGUUUUGUUGUGUGUUUUUACCUCAUACAGGGUAUAUGUUGCAAUAUAUAUGUACACUAAAUGUAAUAAAAUUUGCAUUUGUGCCGUACCCUUGAUACUGAUGUUCGAUGAUGUUGCACAGUUCAUUUUUUAAUAUAUAUAUAUUUUUCCUGGUUCCAUUUUGUCCAAAUUGCAAUCUUAUUUGACAAUUAUUUUAUUAGAAUAUACAAUUUUUAUUGUGAAUUUCUUGUGAUAGGGCCAGGGGGGAGGGUCAACAAACUAAUGUGUUACAUGUAUGAUUAUUUAUAGAGUCUUAAAUUCAGCAUAUUAACAUGGAUGAUAUAUCAGGUAGGGAUCAAAGGGAGAGACAAUGAAACUGAAAUCCUUAGAGAAGUGUUUCCCUUCUGUGCCAUCCUUGGUUGAAUACAUGUAGGUAAUUUCAAGUCCGGUGUUGGUGAUGGACUUGGUGUUAGAAGCACAAUUUGGAUUGCAUGCCUUAGCUUUAAAACUUAUUCUUAGUUUACACAAAUAAAACCAGAUCACAAUUUGAUGGCUCAACACCUAGUGAAUGAUUUGUCAGAACCAUUUUCAUUUUACGUUUGGUGUUAUACUCGUGUAAACAGUGACCUAACACCAAUACCAAAAGGUCAACACUGAAGUAGAAAUCCCCCAAUGUGUAUUGUGUUUUUUUUGUGAUGGUGACCAUUCGAUGUAAACUAUAAUGAAAUAAAAAUUGGCUAUUCCAUUGCCUCAUUCAUUUAUGUUUUUGA